GAAAAUUUUAACAUAUUGUCAUCAGUUGAGGAAAGCAAGGAAAAAUCGGGUUUGCUGGACUCUAAUUAGAAAAGCGAUAGAUAGGUCGGAAAAACGAUUGAAUGGAUGACCUCUAUUUGUUCACAUCUCUAAGAGCUGGAUCUUAUUUUUAUUUUUCUCGGCGAAGACUUCAUUUAAAAGAAAGAGCUAUUUUUUCAGCAAGAUAAAUUUUUUGUUUCCCUCCUUAUUCUUUACUAUGGCAGACGAAAAAAAGGUUGAUCCCAUGGUCAACAUCACCACAGACGAGUUCGAUGGUGCCGAAGAACACGAAUUCGAUGGUCUUCGCCGUAUUGCUGAAGGGGUUCCCGUUGGUGCUUGGUUCAUUGUGCUCAAUGAGUUCUGUGAACGCUUCGCUUACUAUGGCGGUUCUGCGCCUUUCCAAAAUUACGUUCAGUUUGGCCCAAAUACCGGUGAUGAUCAAGCUGGUGCUUUGGAUAAAGGCCAAUCUGUGGCAACUGCUUUGUCCAACUUCUUCACUUUCUUCUGUUACUUGACACCAAUGCUCGGUGCUCUCAUUGCAGAUCAAUAUCUGGGACGUUACAGAACAAUUCUUUUGUUUUCUUCCAUCUACAUGCUUGGAUGGCUCAUUCUUACAUGCACUGCCACUCCCAAUGCUCUCGCUGCUGGUGCAGGUUUCCCUGGUUAUGUUGUGUCUUUGAUUGUCAUUGGUCUUGGUACUGGAGGUAUUAAGGGUAUCGUUGCUCCUCUCUGUGCUGAUCAGUACAGAAAUACCUCUCCAUACGUGAAGACUCUGAAGUCCGGUGAAAAGGUGUUGGUUGACUACGAUCUCAGCAUCCAACAUUUGUACCAAUGGUUCUACUGGGCUAUCAAUGCUGGUGCCCUCAUCGGUGGUAUUGCCUGCCCUAUCAUUGAAUUAAACCAUGGUUACUGGGCUGCCUAUCUUUUACCUACUUGUAUGUUCGCUAUGGCCAUUAGCGUCUUUGUUGCUGGCAACAAAUUCUACGUCAAGCCCAAGCCAACCGAAUCCAUUCUUGUAAAGGCUUAUAAAGUUUUCAAGUUUGCUCGCACCGUUGCCAACCGUCAAGAAAACACCGAAGCUCGCUCCACCAACAAGUACCGCUUGGACUUUGCUAAGAGAAACAACGGAAUGCCCAAUAGCGCUCCUUUGAAAGAUGAGGACCUCGCUAAUAUGUUCUGGGAUGACACAUUUGUAGACGAGCUUAAGCAAACAUUUAUGGCUUGCAAGAUCUUUAUUCCCCUUGCCAUCUACUGGGUUUGUUACAACCAGCUUUCAAACAACCUUUUGUCUCAGGCUGCUCAGUUGAACCGCCCCGCUGGUCUUCCAAAUGAUAUUAUGAACAACUUUGAUCCCAUUGCCUUGAUCAUCUUCAUUCCUAUCACCGAUGGUAUUUUGUUCCCACUUCUCCGCAAACAUAAGAUCAACUUCUUUGCUCAGCAACGUAUCACGCUUGGUUUCUUCCUCGCUUCUACUGCCAUGGUAUACUCUUCAGUGCUUCAAUCUUAUAUCUACAAGGAUCCCGUUUGGCAAGAAACUGGUGUAGCUAAUAUUUCGGUCUUCUUACAAAUUCCUGCCUACUUCCUGAUCGCUUUCUCCGAAAUUUUUGCCUCCAUUACUUCUAUGGAAUUCGCUUAUACUCACGCUCCAAAGAGCAUGAAGUCUAUGGUUUCUGCUGUCUCGCUUCUUCCAAACUGCUUUGCAGCUUUGAUUGGUCUCGCUAUCUCCCCUGCUGCAGUUGAUCCCAAUCUCACAUAUGUCUAUGCUGGCGUUGCAUGUGGUGCUUUCAUCGCUGGUAUCCUCUACUAUAUUUGCUUCCGUCAUUAUGAUCAGAUGGAUGAGGAAGAUCGUCUCAAGAGAAUGGAGUUCCACCGUCAAGCUGCCGCUGGUCAAGCAGAGAUGGAAUCCCGUGUGAACGAAAAGACCGCCCAUUUGGAAGCGGAACUUAACUAUGAUGAACGUUAACUUUCGUAUUUGAUCAAAUGUGCAAUUUUUUUUUGUAUCCAGUUGCUGUACUAUACUGCUGUUUGUCGCAAGGCAUUAUUGUUUUAUCUCUGA